AUGGACUUUGAACAUGGAGAAGAAAGGCUCUUGGAUUUAGGUAGCUGCGGAUUGCAUAUUUUGCACGGUGCAUUCAAGGAAGGUGUUCGCUGCUCUGGAUGGAAUGUUACGAAGUACCUGCGAGGCAUCUAUCACAUCUUCAAAGAUGUUCCAGCACGACGCGCUUUAUUCACAUCGUAUUCGGGAAGUGCUGUGUAUCCACUGAAGUUUUGCGCUCACAGAUGGUUGGAAAACAUUAACGUAGCACAAAGAGCUGUGGAGAUUACUCCUCAUAUAAGGAAGUUCGUUGAGGGUGUUCAGAAUGACAAAAUUGAACCAAAAUCAGAUUCGUACGUCGAUGUAGUUGAGUGUCUAAAAGAUCCUCUACUGUUGACUAAGUUGACCUUUUUCAAAUCCGUUGCCGCUGAAGUAGAACCAUUUUUGCGCGAGUUCCAAACGGAUAAUCCCAUGGUGCCAUUUUUGUAUAACAAUUUGAGUCAAAUGGCUAGAAGUAUAUUGGGAAGAUUCAUGCAGAUCGAUCAGCUAAAGAACAUCACUCAGGUAACAAUAGAAGAGAUCAAUGAAGCCAAGAAUCAUUUACCAAUGAAAGAGAUUGUAUUGGGUUUUGAAACAAGAAAAGUUUUAAAAAACUCGUCAAAAUUGACCCAAAAACAAAUUCUGCAAUUUCGUCUGGAAUGCAAAGGAUUUUUGAAAGCACUGAUUCUAAAGCUUAUGAAGCGAUCGCCAUUGACGUAUCCUGUGACGAAAGCCGCAUCCUCUCUUGACCCUUCAGUCAUUGAUUCCGAUCAAAAAUUGGCUGGAAAACGAUUCGAAAAGCUUUUAACUAUAUUGAUGGAUUUUGGUCGUAUCAGUGGAGCUUCAGCAGACUUGGCACUGAAACAAUAUUUAAAAUUAGUUGGUAGCAACAAAAGCAACAAGUUUGCCUACUAUGAUCGGAAAAAUGAACGACUGGACCAUUUCUGGAAGGGAUUGCUAUCGGGGGAUGAGUUUAUGGAACUUUUUACCAUCGUAAAAAUGAUCUGCUGUCUCUCGCAUGGAAACGCCAACCUUGAGAGGGGCUUUUCCAUUAACGCUGAAUGUCUUUUUGAAAACAUGCGUGAGGAAUCGGUUGUUGCUAAGCGACAAAUUUAUGACGCUGUAUUUCACGCUGGAGAGAUAGCAUCAAUACAAAUUUCGAACCAGCUAAUUCAACGAGUUCGAAAUUCUCACUCCCUUUAUAUAGAAGACAAGGAACGCCGUAAGAAAGAAGAUCUUGCGUCAAAUGCGUCAAAGAUGAUGAAACGUCAACGAGAAGCAGAAGCGAAAUCUUUAGAGAUCAAACGGAGUAAAAUUUUGGAAAACGCACAGAAGGAAGCCGAAAGUUUGCAAGAAAAAAUCGCUUUGUUGAAAUCAACUGUUUUGUAAAACUCAUCCGAAUCAAAAUAAAUAAAAUUUUCUGCUGUAUUAGUAUUUAAGCAUCUUUCAUGAACUGCAUGAAUAAAUCAUGUUCUAUCUUUUACGCCGUUUCUCAGUCUUUGUAUAAUUCAAACAAAAAAAUACAAAAAACUCAUUUAUUGGAUUAUAUUCGCUCAUAAAUUUACUUGUUCUAGCCUUCAUAGAUACUUACUAGCUGUUAAAAAACAGAACUAAAAUAAAAAUUUUGAUCACUAGUCUAUAUCUGGAAUUUUUCUGGAAAAGUACUGGAAAAUCAGGGAAUAUCAGGGAAUUUUUUUUCGGAAUUUGAGUCG